GUAGACGCGUUGCGAUGUAUUUUGACCCUGCUCACUCACCAUCUCUAGCCAAAACAGAAAAUGGCAUCAGCAGAGUCCCAGCCGCGGUUCGGCCAGUCUGUCAAAGGCUUACUGUCUGACAAAGUGGGCUCCUGUAGUGGGGAUGUGAUUGCUCUGACCCGCCAAGUGCUGAAGGGAUCCCACAGUCAGGAGCUUCUUGGUCAGGCAGCAAGAAAUAUGGUGAUUCAGGAGGACGCCAUCCUGCACUCUGAGGAUAGUCUGAGAAAAAUGUCCAUUAUCACCACACAUUUACAAUACCAGCAGGAGGCCAUCCAGAAGAAUGUGGAGCACUCUAAAAACCUGCAGGAUCAGCUGAGACACCUGCUGAAGUGAUGCACCCUCCUCAUCUGCCCUGGUUCUACUUCCUCACACUAACACAGUGCCUCUGUAAUGCAAGGGCCUGGGAACAUUUUUAAGUUAAGUUUAGUUAAGUUAAAUGUUUUGAUCAAGUGUAUUACAUGUAUUAAAUACUUUUGCUCCUCAUAAUGCUGCCCUGUGAAUCAAACACCACAGUGUUGUGAGUGCUAAGAUGGUAAAGGAUCACAUGCACACCUGGAGGCCAGGUGAGAUCUCAGUGGAAAGUCAGAGAUCUUUACCAACAAUAACUCCUUACAGACAUUUACAGAAUAAUAACUCAUAAUAACUCGUAAUAACUCGGGGAAGGUUUUAGCAGGGACACAGCAGUUGUUAGAGGAACACAUCCUGGAGGUGUGUCCUGCAGGAGGCACGCCUGUUAAACAUAUUGGUGUGGGCGCUUCCAGUUCAGAGUUGCAGCAGGUGAUGUGACACAAAUGUUCCUACUUGUUUACCUUGCACUUAAAUGACGCAUUCAAAAAGAUUGAUUGCUGCUUUAACAUUUACAAUUUCAGACAACUGUCAUGACAUGAAACAAAGACAUGUAAGCAGUGUGAAACCAGACCGUCAUAAAUAAAUAUCAAUGUAUUCAUUGAUUAUAAAUACAGAUUGAGAAAGAUUAUAUUAUAAAUUAUAUGUAUUGUAGUGGCACAGUCCAGACUCCAGUGUUACAACAGCAAGGGAAGAGAAUAUGAAAAGUUGUGGAAGGUCAAUAUUCAAAGUAUAUUUUUGCACAAAGCUGAGCCUUUCAUUGGUCCAUGACAAGGAGAAAGGGACAGUUAUCAGCAGCCUGAAGGCCAAACAGCUGCUUGACCCUGACAGUGUCCCUGAGGCUCUCUGUUCAGUCUCACCAGUUACAUAAUUCUGCACGUGUUCCACUCCAUGAGCAUGCUCCAGGCCUUCAAUGACAUCCCAGCUAGUCAGCAGAAUCCAUGUAUGUAGGUAGUCAUAGAAUUAUACAGAUUCAUUACGGAUGCUGCAUUUUUGAGAGGGGAUGCAGAUCUGAGUAGUAGAACAUUUCUGUGAGUAUUUACAGAGCCCUCCAGUGGCCAUAGAGAGGGAAAAAAUAUUUGGAGGGCAUGAUUUACUUGUGUGCACAAUCAAUUUAAUUAAAUCUUUCCCAUGUUUUGAAUAAUUUGUUGGCACAAAUUCAGGAUGCAGGUCCAGGGACAAUCACCUCAUCCUCUGCCUCACAUCUUCUCACCUCACAACUUCAGACUAAACAGUGCAUUAGUGCUGACCGGUCAGGUCAUUUUCCACUUAAGAAAUUGUCGCACAGUAAACCUCUGUGGACCAUCCAGAGCUGCCAGGACUUUGAAAAGAAGGGAAAACAGCAGACAGCGAGAAAAGAUUUUGUUGGGUGGAGGACUGGGAACUCGUGGAGGAGAAGAGGAUCUGUGAUGGCGUACAGCUGCUCAGCACGAUGACAGCAGGCCUGUUAGUGGUAGCUUCGGGCUGGAAGAAAUCAUGUCAACACUCACAGAUGUAAAUGGUAGACAGAAUAUUAGAAACUGACAGAAAAAGCAAAACUCAGCUACAAUAUCAGAUCAGAAAAUGUAUUACAAACUUCAGACUCAAACCAUCUCAACUGCAGCAUCGCUGCCUUCAACAUUCUGCUACAUCUUCACCAUUUCAAAUAAAACCGAUAUAAAUGCAACCUUAACACAUGCAAUAAUUAUUGAUGGUAUAAAUAAAUAAAAACAUUAAUUUGGUUCACUUUACACUUGACUAUGUGUGAUUAUCAAAGCGGACAGCAAACAGGCAUGCUCAACAGUUCUGAAAUGACUUGAAUAAGAAACUAAUUAAAACAGCACAGUCACCUAAACAUCCCAGGUGCAACAGGGUUGAAAAAGGUAAAACAAUCAACUGUCAGCAGGAGAUUUAGUACAAA